AUGAUUCAGACAAGCAUUGAUGAAUUAUACCCUACAUCAGGGGUGUUCAAAGUCGGUCCUGGAGUAUCCCUCAAAGAUGUAUCUGGUGUCUCCAUCUGUGGUUCCACCGAUCAAACAUCUACGGAUCUUCUGGUUUCUGUCUGUAAUGGAGAAGAAGAGAAGAUAUCAGUAAAUCUGCUGGACUGUGGGAUGGAGCUGAAACAAGAAAUCAAAGAAGAAGAAGAAGAAGAACAGACAGAUAAAGGGGAUCUGAUUUAUUCAGACUUGAAGAUGAAGUUGGAAAGUUUUCAAUCAAAUAACGUAGAGGAGAAAUCUGAUCAUUUUAUACCUGGAGAAGAAUCUCGUAGCUGUUUGAAGACCGAUAAUUUGUCAGACGAUUCUUGUACGUGCUCACUGUGUGGAAAUGUCUUCAAUAGUCAGUCCGACCUUAAUGCACACAUGCAAAUUCACACUGGAGAAAACUCUAACAGAUGUGAUGAAUGUGGAAAAAGCUUUACUCAAAAGUCAAGCCUUACUGUGCACAAGAGAAUACAUACUGGAGAAAAGCCUUACAGUUGUGACCAGUGUGGACAGACCUUUACUCGUAAAUCUGGUCUUGAUACACACAUGCAAAUUCACACGGGAUUUAAGCCUUACAGAUGUUACCAGUGUGAACGGACCUUCACUUGUAAGUCCAGCCUUACUGUGCAUAGGAGAAUUCACACUGGAGAAAGGCCUUAUAGAUGUGACCAGUGUGGACAGACCUUUACUUGUAAGUCCAGCCUCAAUGUGCACAACAGAAUUCACACAGGAAAGUUUUACAGUUGUGACCAGUGUGGACAAACCUUUACUCGUAAGUCCAGAUUUGAUGCGCACAUGAGAAUUCACACUGGAGAAAAGCCUUACAGUUGUGACCAGUGUGGAAAGAGCUUCAUUUCUAAGUCCAGGCUUGAUACUCACAGGAUGAUUCACACUCAAGUAAAGUCUUACAGUUGUAAGAAGUGUGAACAGACCUUCACUAAUUUGUUCCACCUUACCGCGCACAGAAGAAUUCACACUGUAGUAAAGCAUUACAGUUGUGACCAGUGUGGAAAGACCUUCACUUAUAAGUCCCAUCAUACUGUGCACAGAAGAAUUCACACUGGAGAAAAGCCUUAUAGUUGUGACAAGUGUGGAGAGAGCUUCACUUAUAAGUCCACCUUCGAUGUGCACAAGAGAAUUCACACUGGAGAAAAGCCUUACAGUUGUGACCAGUGUGGAGAGAGCUUCACUUUUAAGUCCAAUCUUACUGUGCACAGGAGAAUCCACACUGAAGAAAGUCCUUACAGAUGUGACCAUUGUGGAGAGAGCUUCAGUCAAAAGUCCAGCCUUAGUUUGCACAAGAGGAUUCACACUGCAGAACACGCACAUACCCGGAGCAGUCAACAGCUAUCACUGCAGCGCCCAGGGAGCAUUGGGGGACAAUUGCCUUGAUCAAAGACUCGAACCAACAACACUCUGGUUACAAGCCCAGCGCUCUAACCAUUAGGCCACAACUGCCUCCUACACCAGUCUUCACAGUGGCACCAAGUGUUUGCUUGCAUAUUGACAAUAGGUGUGCUUGAGUUCAUGCGGUGCUGCACAGACCGAUCAGCGAGGUUUGCAGUUUGCAAUCAAGGGAGGAGUUGAAGACGGUGCCAUCAGGUCUGACACCUGCUGCUUGCCGUAGUGACGUGUGCGCUGUACUGCCCAGAUAAAACUCACCUGACCAAGUUAAUCACAUUCUUCAGGCAAUGUUUACAAUUUUUAUGCCACUUCCACACUACUCCCUUGUCAGUCUGUGUGCACGAGUAUUUUUUUCACAUUUAGUGGUACACUGCUAUUUUAAAUAUGAUCAUAGUAUAUACGUGUUAAUCAUGCCUGCGCUUCACCUGUAUCAUUCUGUGGGUCAGGUUAAAUGCACAGGUCAUCUGAAGUAUUUUGCAGUGAUGUGGUUGGAUAGUGCAGAUUAUCUCCCUCUGACAUCACAAGGAGAGCAAAAUUUCAAUGACCUAUUUUUUCACAUGCUUGAAGAGAAUGGUUUACCAAAAUUACAUUACUGGUUUGAUCUUUUUCACUUUUUCUAGGUUGAUAGAAGCACUGACUGGGGACCCAAUAAUAGCACUUAAAAAUAGAAAAAGUCAACUUUUCAUGAUAUGUCCACUUUAAUCUGAACUAUCCAACCAAGGCACUGCCAUUUAGUGCAGAUAGAAAGAGAGAGAGAGAGAGAAAAUAAGAAUUGACAGUAAAAAUGAGUUUCAGUUGCAACAAACCACCAUCUUUGCGAUCAGUGUUUGAAUUUUAUCUGCUCAUUUGCAUUUUAAUUUGCAAUUUUUUGCUCAGACCUACAAAAUGGAAAUUUUAACAUGCUAUAAUAAAUAUCUGUGGUGUAUUUU